AUGAAAUGGGUUCCUACUGCAGUAACAUGGGGGUCUGUUGCCACUUUUGGAGUACUGUUUGCUACAGACUGGAGGGUAGUGAUGGACGAUGUCCCAUAUAUCAAUGGUAAGUUUAAGAAGGAUACACAUAGAGGAGACCUUUUGAUUUUGCGAAGUUCCCAGGUCAAGUUGGAUUUUUAA